UUUUCACCUCCUGACAACAUGCAGAUUCUCCAGAAAAGCAAUGAAAACAGGACACCUCCACAUUCUUAGUCAUGCAUCCUCUGGCCUUUCCACCAAACCGCCUGGAGGGCGUUCAGCUGUGAGGGAAGCAGAACCCACCACCAACCAUGGACACUGACACCACUGGCAGGGCAGAGCUGGACUCGGAGGUCCACGGAGAGCUGGCUGACAUGGUGGCAGCCAUGGAUGUGGCCGCCAGCCGCAUGACACCGCCUAAUGGCUACAGGUCGGGGGCUCCGAGGAGCGCCGCUGGCCAGAGAGCUCGACUAACAGACAGGAAGUUGUCUCUACAGGAGAGGGGGAGCCGCAUGGCACGACAACCAACCAUCGAGACCAAACGGGUGUCCAUCACGGAUGUGGAUGACUGUGUCCAACUCAACCAAUAUAAACUGAAGAAAGAGAUUGGAAAGGGUUCAUAUGGAGUGGUGAAGUUAGCCUACAAUGAAGAUGCUGAACAGUACUAUGCAAUGAAAGUGGUGUCAAAGAAGAGGCUGAUGAGGCAAUGUGGGUUUUUGCGCCGCCUGCCUCCUCCAGGAUCAAACUCACAGCAGGACCUGUUCCAGAAAGCCACGCUGCCUCUGGAGAGGGUGUACAGGGAGAUCGCCAUCCUCAAGAAGCUGGACCAUCAUAAUGUUGUUAAACUGGUGGAGGUACUCGAUGACCCUGAUGACGAUGGACUUCAUAUGGCCUUCGAAUUGGUGACAAAGGGACCAGUGAUGGAGGUACCAACAGACAACCCUUUAACAGAGGAGCAGGCACGCUUUUACUUCCGAGACAUUGUCCUGGGAAUAGAAUACUUGCACUACCAUAAAAUCAUCCACAGAGACAUCAAACCCUCCAACCUGCUGCUGGGAGACGAUGGUCACGUCAAAAUUGCAGACUUCGGCGUGAGCAAUGAGUUUGAGGGGGUUGAUGACCUCCUGUCAAGUACAGUGGGGACGCCGGCCUUCAUGGCCCCUGAGACGAUAAGUGAAAACCAGCAGAGCUUCAGUGGAAAGGCAGUAGAUGUGUGGGCGAUGGGAGUCACUCUGUACUGUUUUGUGUUUGGGGAGUGCCCUUUUUAUGAUGAUUAUAUAGUUUCCCUGCACAACAAAAUCAAGGACAAACCAGUGGAGUUCCCAGAGACGCCGGGAAUAACUGCGGAGCUGAAAGAUCUCAUUGAAAGGAUGCUGGAUAAAAACCCUGCACAAAGAAUCACCAUACCUGAAGUAAAGCUCCAUCCAUGGAUGACAGAGAACGGCUCAAAUCCUCUCCCUCUAGAAGAGGAGCACUGCAAGGCGGUGGAGGUCACUGAGGAGGAGGUGCAGAACAGCAUCAAACUCAUCCCCAGCCUUUCUACUGUGAUUCUUGUGAAGUCCAUGCUUAGAAAGCGGUCUUUCAGUAAUCCCUUUGAGUGUCAGGGCAGACGGGCAGAGAGGUCCAUGUCUGCCCCUGGAGGUCUCCUUACUGGUUCUUGGGGCUUACUGGGGUCUUCGCCUCUGCCUCAUCCUUCCUUGAGGAAAGUCAGCAGAGAGGGGAGCAGAGAAGGAGAGUUGGAGGACUUGUAUGAAGACGAAUCAACUCCAGAGACUACAGAUUAAAGUGACAUGUGAAGAGCAGCUGGGAGUGUGCAAAAAAAUUCCUUGUAUUCCUCCUUUGCACUCUACUUCUGUGCUCACUUACUCAUUCUUUUUCACUAUUGUUCAGAUGUUGAGAUUUAUGCUUAAUAAAAUUAUAGAUUCAUUGUUCUUUGAAUGAAAUCAAACAUUGAAUAGUCAGAUUAGAUGUCAUCCUGUGCUUGUUUUCAGUUCUGUGAAUUUUUCUGUUACCGCUGGCAUGAUCGACAGAAUACAGUGAAUGUAAAGUUUAUUUAUGGGCUCAAAUUGUAAAUAUGCUCCAUAAAGAAAAUAUUUUUACAUUUUCUU